GCGACGGGUCAGGCCGCGCUGUCGGCUGCACGUCUUGAUACCCUCUCCGCAGUCUUUUUAUUCCAGGCCUGGGGUCGAGUAGGCCUCAGAUGGACCCUGGAAAGGGAGAAGAGGGGGCACCACCUCCCGACGGGCCGCCCACCAGGAAGAAAUUUGUCAUCCCGUUGGACGAGGGCGAAGUCCCUCCCGUAGGGGCCAAGCCUUUAUUCAGAUCCACACGGAGCCCAUCCACCACUGUGACUUCUGCCCAGGCAGCCCCUCAGACUUAUGCAGAGUAUGCCAUUUCUGGCCCUCCAGUAGGGGCUGGGACCACUAACCCUGUUGGAACAGAACCACCAACACGAGAGACCCCCAACCAGACCCUGAAACCAGGAACAAAAUCUAACAGCAUCAUUGUGAGCCCCCGGCAGAGGGGCAACCCGGUGCUCAAGUUCGUGCGCAGUGUGCCCUGGGAAUUCGGUGACGCCACCCCCGACUAUGUGCUGGGCCAGAGCACCUGCGCCCUCUUCCUCAGCCUCCGCUACCACAACCUCCACCCUGACUACAUCCACCAGCGGCUGCAGAGCCUGGGGAAGAGCUUCGAGCUGCGCGUGCUGCUGGUCCAGGUGGAUGUGAAAGAUCCUCAGCAGGCCCUCAAAGAGCUGGCUAAAAUGUGCAUCCUGGCAGACUGCACACUGAUCCUCGCUUGGAGCCCCGAGGAAGCUGGACGAUAUCUGGAGACCUACAAGGCUUAUGAGCAGAAGCCACCAGACCUCCUGAUGGAGAAGCUGGAGCAGAACUUCCUGUCCCGGGCUACUGAAUGUCUGACCACCGUGAAGUCGGUCAACAGGACAGACAGCCAGACUCUACUCGCCACUUUUGGAUCUCUGGAACAGCUCAUUGCUGCUUCGAGGGAAGACCUGGCUUUGUGCCCUGGCCUGGGCCCCCAGAAGGCGCGGAGGCUCUUUGACGUUCUUCACGAGCCCUUCCUGAAAGUACCCCCAUGACUGUGGCUGCUGGCGACCCAAGGUCAUAAUAAAGCAUUUUCUAGGUGC